AAUAGGAAAAUGAAAAAUGAAAAACUCAACACAGAAUCUCUCUCUCUCUCUCUCUCUCUCUCUCUCUCUACCUGAGUUCUUGAAAUUUAUCCCAGAAAUUCACUGAUCUCUCUGAGGAAAAGCUGUCCGAUCCCUUCGUCGGAUCGUAAGUUCAGUACCGCCGCCGCUCUGUCGCCCCAAAUCGUCGGCGCCCUCCGACAUCUCACGUACCCCUCGAAUUCAGCUCAACCGAAAAAAACCGAAUCUUUAUUAUCAGCUUCGAUCUUUUAACUACUCUCGACUUCCUCCUCACUCGAUUCGCGUGAUCUAUCUAACUCCAAUUCACCAUUCUUGUACAUUGCCGAUUCCCCACCUGUCCGCGAAUCCUCUAGCGUGUAUUUGAGCCUCCCUUCCUGUCGAUCUCCCCGCAACUGAUGAGGCUGGUCGGAUGAUGUGAUUUGCCCCGCCUCUCGCCUCGUGUUCGUCCGGUAUGGCGUCGUUCAGGAGAACCCUGUCGCCGCCGUACCACGAUCGCCAUUACCAGAACGGCGAGGCCCCAGUUCCGGUCCCGCCUCCGUCGCAUAAACCCUUCGCCGCCUCGGCCAAGCCCUCCUCGGCUUCGCUGGGAUUCGACGUCUGUGGAUUCUUGACGUUCGUCUUGCUGGGGAAGCAGCCGAGGAGGUCGUGGAGGAGAUUGCUCUACAGGUGUUUGUUGUUUUUCCUUUUCGGGUUUCUAUUCGGCAUGACCCCUUUCGGGCAUGUGAACGAAUUGCAGGCUCAUGACUUCUCUUUGGAUAUCAAGCCGCCCAAUGUCAAUGUCAACGCUCAGUUGGAGAAGGCCAUCGAUCAUCCGGUAAGGCACGAUGGGUUUGUGCGCGAAAGUUCGAAUCUUGAAGUAGGAGCAGGAGUCAGGGCGAAGUCAGAUGGAAGUUCUGAUUUGGUGCCUAGGAAGCAGUUGAUUGUGGUUACGCCAACUUAUUCUAGAGCAGCACAAGCUUACUCUUUAUAUAGAUUAGGCCAGGUACUGAGGCUUGUGCCGCCUCCCCUUUUGUGGAUAGUGGUGGAGAUGAAUGUCGUUUCCAUGGAGACUGCAGAUAUAUUGAGGAAAAGCGGAGUUAUGUAUCGGCAUUUGGUAUGUACAAAGAAUUCUACAGAUAUUAAGGAUAGGGGCGUGCAUCAGAGGAACACCGCAUUGGAGCAUAUUGAGCGCCAUAAGCUCGAUGGAAUUGUUUACUUUGCUGACGAUGAUAAUAUCUAUUCUCUUGAGUUGUUCCACAGCCUAAGACAAAUUAGGCGUUUUGGCACUUGGCCAGUUGCCAUGCUUGCACAGAGCAAAAGCAAGGCUAUUCUUGAAGGUCCAGUCUGUAAUGGAAGUCAAGUGAUUGGAUGGCACACAAAUGAGAAAAGUAAAAGACUCCGACGUUUUCAUGUUGAUAUGUCAGGAUUUGCUUUUAACAGUACAAUCUUGUGGGAUCCAAAGAGAUGGAGGCGCCUGACGCUGCAUCCGAUACAGCAAUUGGAUACAGUGAAGGAGGGUUUUCAGGAGACCACGUUUAUACAACAAGUUGUAGAAGAUGAAAGUCAGAUGGAAGGUAUUCCUUUUGGCUGCUCAAGAAUAAUAAACUGGCAUCUCCAUUUGGAAGCUCGUAAUCUUAUUUAUCCAAAAGGGUGGCUAUUUGACAAGAACCUGGAGGCCGAUCUAACUGUUACGUGACGGAAGUUCAACCAUGCUGCAGGUUCUGCAUGGUGGUGGCUCUCUCACGUGUCGGCAACCUUUUAAUCCCCAACAACAGUUCGCCCAUUUUUAUACAAUCCAUCACCGCUCAGGAUCAGAUGGUAAGCAAGGAAAGAAGAGACAGAAGAAGAAAGUGUUUAUUUUCAAUUUUUUUUUUCAAAAUAGAAUUCUUUGGUACAUUCUAUUCUUUUCAGGAGCAUGGGAUUUGACUGAUGUAGAGAAGUAGUGGCUGGAUCUUUGGGGGUGAGAUAGGUGAAUUUUGGAUUUCUUUUACUCCUCAGCCCCUUAGGAAUGAAAAAUUGUUGUAUGACUGGGGUUGGGUUUGUGUGUAUUCAAUUUUGUUUGUGAUCAGGUCUUGUAACAAAUAGGACCAUCACAAAAGCAAACUGUCCUAGAUUUUCUUGCCAUUUUGUUGAGGCAGUACAAAAAGAACAACAGUCGUUUGACCAUUGACACAAGAAUGCUCUCAUCUGUCUAAAGAAAAGAGCAGAGUGCGCAUUUGCACGAAGCGGUUUGGAA